AUGGCUUCACGAUUCUUCGUUCUGGCUCUCGCAGGCUCGAUGGCUCUGGCCCAAGACACAGACUCAAUGCCGCCCGGCCACGACAUGCCGCUGACCGGGGACAGUGCGACGACAACUGCGGAGAAGGCCACUGCCGAACAAACGACAGCCAGCUUGACCAUGGCGGCAACGACGGCCCUGCCAACCGCAAUCAUGCCGUCUGACGUCUCCGACGUCACCGGCACACCGACCACCUUGGUCGUGGACACGCAGACGCCGCCGCCACCAUCUUCUAGUAUGAGCUGGGCCAUCACAACCACUCAUGACAUGACCCACAUGACCAACGCAAACGUGAGCGGUGCGCCGGCGCCAACUGGGGGCGCCCUGCCGUCAGGCACUGGCAGCCCAAGCGGCGCUGUUGGCAAUGUCAAUGGUGCCGCGCGCAGCGUGUGCAACAAGAUAUCGAUUGGAGUCCUGGCUCUGUGCAUUGUUGCUAGCGCAGCACUGCAGAUGUAA